CAUGUGCGGCGCCCGCUCGCUCCCACCCCUGCUCCGGCUCCGGCUCCCGCUCCAUUGUCUGCGAACUGCGGGCGCGGGGCGGGCGGCGGCGCGGACCCAGGCGGCCGGGCGCGGAGAGGGCGCGGGAGAUGCCGGGCGGACCGCGGCGGCCUGAGCCGCUCGCCUAGUUCCCGCCUUCCGUGGGAAGGAUGUGCGCCCGGAUGGCGGGGCGCGCGGCAGCGGCUCCCCGGGGGCCCCGCGGCCCCUGGCUCUGCCUCCUGGUGGCCCUCGCCCUGGACAUCGUGAGAGUGGACUGUGACCAGGACCCCCUGGACCCCGUCUACCUGCCGGCUGCCCUGGAGCUCCUGGAUGCCCCUGAGCACUUCCGUGUGCAGCAGGUGGGCCGCUACCCACCUGCCAACUCCUCUCUGGGCUCCAGAUCUGAGACCUUUCUGCUCCUGCAGCCCUGGCCCAGGGCCCAGCCACUUCUCCGGGCCUCCUACCCACCCUUUGCCACUCAGCAGGUGGUCCCUCCUCUGGUCACUGAGCCCCACCAACGGCCAGUCCCAUGGGACGUGCGGGCCGUGUCCGUGGAAGCAGCCGUCACUCCAGCAGAGCCCCAUGCCCGCGUCCUCUUCCACCUCAAAGGGCAGGAUUGGCCGCCGGGACCUGGCAGCCUGCCUUGUGCCCGGCUCCAUGCCAGACACCCUGCGGGCACUACUCACCGAGCCUGCCGCUUCCAGCCGUCCCUGGGCGCCUGUGUGGUGGAGCUGGAGUUUCCCUCACAGUGGUUCCCCCAAGGCUCCCCAACACGGGCCGAGCUGGCCUACACACUGGAGCCCGCAGCCGAGGGCCCUGGGGGCUGUGGGCUUGGCGGGGUGGAGGACCCCGGGGAGCAGGCCCUCCCAGUGGGCAGCGUGGAGCUGCGCCCGGCGGACCCCCCACGAUACCAGGAGGUGCCCCUGGAUGAAGCAGUGACUCUGAGGGUGCCUGACGUGCCCGUGCGGCCCGGACAGCUCUUCAGUGCCACCCUCCUGCUUGGGCACAACUUCACAGCCAGCGUCCUGACCCUGCGGAUCAAAGUGAAGAAGGGGCUGCAUGUGACGGCUGCCCACCUAGCCCAGCCCACCCUCUGGACUGCCAAGCUGGACCGCUUCAAGGGCUCCAAGCACCACACCACCCUCAUCACCUGCCACCAUGCCGGGCCCACAGGGCCGCACUCCAGCCCCCUUGAGCUGUCCGAGUUCCUGUGGGUGGACUUUUUGGUGGAGAAUGGCACUAGCGGGGGCGUGGCGGUCACUCGCCCUGUUACCUGGCAGCUGGAGUACCCAGGCCAGGCCCCCGAAGCAGAGAAGGACAAAAUGGUGUGGGAGAUUCUGGUGUCGGAGCGGGAUGUAAGAGCUCUCGUUCCACUGGCCAAGACCGAGGAGCUGGUGAAUACGGCGCCACUGACUGGAGUGCCACGGCGUGUCCCUGUGCGCCUUGUCACCGUGGACAGUGGGGGGGCUCUGGUGGAGGUGACAGAGCACAUCGGCUGUGAGUCAGCCAACACACAGGUCCUGCAGGUGUCCGAGGCCUGUGACGCCGUGUUUGUGGCUGGCAAGGAGAGCCGGGGCGCCCAGGGGGUGCGGGUGGACUUCCGGUGGCGCCGGCUACGGGCCGCGCUGUGGCUGACGGUGUGGGCCCCUCUGCUGCCCCUGCGCAUCGAGCUGACCGACACCACCCUCGAGCAGGUCCGAGGCUGGAGGGUACCCGGCCCAGCUGAAGGGGCGCCGGAGCCCGAGGCUGUGGCGGUGGCGGAGGAGGCGGAGCGGCGCGCCCGUGGCUGCCGCCUGCAGUACCAGCGCGCUGGCGUGCGCUUCCUCGUCCCCUUCGUGGCCCACCCGCUGGACGGCGGCCGCCGCCUCACCCACCUGCUCGGCCCCGACUGGCUGCUGGACGUGUCCCACCUCGUGGCGCCGCACGCCCGCGUGCUGGACCCACGCGUAGCCUCGCUGGAGGGCGGCCGCGUCCUGGUGGGCCGGGAGCCCGGAGUCACCUCCAUCGAGGUGCGUUCCCCGCUGUCUGACUCCAUCCUGGGGGAGCAGGCACUGGCCGUGACGGAUGACAAGGUCUCAGUGCUGGAGCUGCAGGUGCAGCCAGUGAUGGGCAUCUCACUGGCCCUGAGCCGGGGCACUGCCCACCCCGGGAAGGUCACAGCCACGUGCUGGGCACAGUCAGCCCUUCCCGCCCCAAAGCAGGAGGCUGCCCUCUCCCUAUGGCUGUCCUUUUCUGACCACACCCUGGCGCCCGCUGAACUUUACGACCACCGUGACCUGGGACUAUCCAUCUCCACCGAGGAGCCUGGCGCUGUCCUGCCAGCCGAGGAGCAGGGCGCCCAGCUCAGGGUGGUGGUGAGUGGGGCGGGCACGGAGCGGCUGCCACUGCAUGUGGCUCUGCACCCGCCUGAGCCCUGCCGCCGGGGCCGCCACCGUGUGCCUCUGGCUUCUGGCACCGCCUGGCUAGGGCUGCCCCCUGCCCCCACCCCAACCCCUGCCCUCCCAUCUAGCCCUGCCCGGAGCUCACCAGCCAGGGAGGCCAGCAUGGGUGGUGAGCGCCAGGUGGCGGGCAGUGCGGGGGACAGUGGGAGUGUGAGGGCCAAGUUUGAGCGGGCAGAGGAGGAGGCCAGGAAGGAGACAGAGGCCAGGGAGGAGGAGGAGGAGGAGGAAGAGGAGGAGAUGAUCCCUGCCCCUCAGCGGGUCACCGACCUAGAGCUGGGCAUGUACGCCCUGCUGGGCAUCUUCUGUGUGGCCAUCCUCAUCUUCCUGGUCAAUGGUGUGGUCUUCGUGCUACGCUACCAGCGCAAGGAGCCUCCCGAGGGUGCCACUGACCCUGCCUCCCCCCAGCCCCACAACUGGGUCUGGCUAGGCACUGACCAGGAGGAACUGAGCCGCCAGCUGGACCAGCAGUCCCCUGGCCUGCCCAAGGGGGAGGGGAGCUGCCCCUGCGAGAGCGGGGGCAGCGGGGAGGCCCCGUCCCUGACCCAGGCACCCGCUGGGGCCACCACCAGCUCCCCGAGCACCCUGGCCCGGAAGGAAGCCGGGGGGCGGCGGAAGCGCGUCGAGUUUGUGACGUUUGCGCCAGCCCCCCCAGCCCAGCUGCCCGAAGAGCCCGUCAGGGCCCCUGCUGUGCAGUCCAUCCUGGUGGCGGGCGAGGAGGACAUCCGCUGGGUGUGUGAGGACAUGGGGCUGAAAGACCCCGAGGAGCUGAGCAGCUACAUGGAGAGGAUCCGGGGCAGCUCCUGACCCCUCCCCGCCGGCCUGGUCCAGCGUCGUUGGCCACGAGCCCUGGCAGCCUCCUGCUCAUCCUCUGGUGCUUGUUGAUCCAAGUCCCCUGCCUGGUCCCUCGCAAGGACUCCCACCCAGGCCCCCUCUGCCCUGCCUCUUGUCACGGACUAUGGUCGCGAGGAAGGGCUCAUGCCCCUUAUUUAUGGGAACCGUUUCAUCCUAAUGUUGGGUACAAAAUAAACUGAGAAGGAAACUCCA